CGAUGUGGGGGAAAUUCCCGGUACUGCCUGGCUGCAAAGCGCUAGCAUCUGCGGGGAGGAAGGAAGAGCGUUGCUUCCUAAAUUAAGGCUCCCCAGUGCACGGAGGAAAAAGAGUCCUGGGGUCGUCUGUGGAAAAGGGAGUCUUGGGCAGGGGCAGUCUUAACAAGCCCCGACUCUGGAGCGUGGUUCUGUAGCUGUCGACUCAGAAGUAAGGAAGCCCCCUAGGAUCGUUGGAGCUUGCUUCGUACGAGAGCUCAGGCUUGCAGAUCAAACAAGGAUUGUCUAAUUGGGAGCAAUCAUGCAGAGCACAUCAAAUUAUCUCUGGCUUCUGUCGGAUGUCCUCGGACAAGGAGCUACAGCAAAUGUUUUUCGUGGACGACACAAGAAAACUGGAGAUCUGUAUGCUGUUAAAGUAUUUAAUAACUUCAGCUUCCUUCGUCCUUUGGAUGUUCAGAUGAGAGAAUUUGAAGUGUUAAAGAAACUUAAUCACAAGAACAUUGUCAAAUUAUUUGCCAUAGAAGAAGAGACAGCGUCUAGACAUAAAGUCCUUGUUAUGGAAUUUUGUCCAUGUGGCAGCUUAUAUACAGUUUUAGAAGAGCCAUCUAAUGCCUAUGGGUUGCCAGAAGCAGAAUUUUUAAUUGUGUUGAGAGAUGUUGUUGCUGGCAUGAACCAUCUUCGAGAGAAUGGAAUAGUCCAUCGUGACAUCAAGCCAGGCAAUAUAAUGCGUGUUAUAGGUGAAGAUGGCCAAUCUGUUUAUAAAUUGACAGAUUUUGGGGCUGCUAGAGAACUGGAGGAUGAUGAACAGUUUGUCUCCCUUUACGGUACAGAAGAAUACUUGCACCCUGAUAUGUACGAGCGAGCAGUACUGAGGAAAGAGCAUCAAAAAAAGUAUGGUGCAACGGUUGAUUUGUGGAGCAUAGGGGUGACAUUUUACCAUGCUGCAACUGGAAGUUUACCCUUUCGACCUUUUGAAGGACCUCGCAGAAACAAAGAAGUGAUGUAUAAAAUUAUAACUGGAAAGCCUUCUGGUGCAAUAUCUGGUGUACAGAAAGCAGAAAAUGGUCCAAUUGAAUGGAGUCGUGAUAUGCCUGUUUCCUGUAGCCUUUCUAAGGGCCUGCAGGUACUACUUACCCCUGUCCUUGCAAAUAUUCUUGAAGCCGAUCAAGAGAAAUGCUGGGGAUUUGAUCAGUUUUUUGGAGAGACAAGCGAUAUACUCCACCGAGUAAUUAUUCAUGUCUUCUCUUUGCAACAAAUGACAGCGCACAAAAUUUAUAUUCACAAUCAUAAUAAUGUUGCUGCCUUUCAUGAAUUGGUCUACAAGCAGACAAAAAUACCAUCACACAAUCAAGAACUGAUAUAUGAAGGUCGGCAUUUAGUCCUGGAGCCUAACAGAUUGGCACAGGCUUUCCCUAGAACCACUGAAGAAAACCCCAUAUUUGUAGUUAGCAGGGAGUCUGUGAACAUCGUGGGACUGCUUUACGAAGAAAUUCUGCUUCCUAAGGUCCAUCAACGUUAUGAUUUGGAUACGGAUGCAAGCAUGGCUAAAGCAGUGACAGGAGUUGUAUGUUAUGCCUGCAGAGUUGCCCAUGCUUUACUGCUCUACCAAGAACUGAUGCGAAAGGGAAUCAGAUGGUUAAUUGAAAUUAUCAAGGAAGAUUACAAUGAAACAUUUCGCAAAAAGACAGAAGUUGUUAUCAAACUGGAAUUUUGCAACAGAAAUAUAGAAAAAGCUGGGAAAAUAUAUCAAAACUUGUUGCAAAUCAAUCUAGCACCAGAAGUGGAUGAAAUCUCAGACAUACACUCAAAGCUGUUACGGCUUUCUAGCUCACGGGGAACAAUAGAGACUAGUCUUCAGGAUAUCAAAAACAAACUCUCUCCUACUGGCCUUCUAUCUGAUGGCUGGACUAACCAGGAAGGCACCCAUCCAAAAGAUAGAAACCCAGAAAGGUUACAAGUACUACUGAAUUCCAUUUCAGAAAUUUACUAUCAGUUCAAAAAAGACAAGGCAGAACGAAGACUUCCUUAUAAUGAAGAACAAAUUCACAAAUUCGACAAGCAGAAGCUUUUUUUGCACGCGACAAAAGCCAUGACCUUGUUCAAGGAAGAAUGUGUCAGCAAGUAUGACACUUUCUUAGACAAGGCAGAAGACUGGAUAAGGAAGAUGUUUAAUUUAAGAAAACAACUACUGUCUCUCAGAAAGCUCUGCUUUGAUAUUGAAGAUGAGGUGUCCAAAUACCAGGACUAUGUAAAUGAGUUACAAGAAACAUUGCCUCAUAAGAUGAUUGCAGCUUCCAGUGGGAUUAAACAUACAGUCAAUCCAGUUUAUCCAAGUUCAAACACUUUGGUGGAAAUGACUCUUGGUAUGAAGAAACUAAAAGAAGAAAUGGAGGGUGUUGUGAAAGAAUUAGCUGAAAAUAAUCACCUUUUAGAAAGGUUUGGUGCUUUGACUAUGGAUGGUGGCCCACGGAAUGUAGAUUGUAUCUAGGUGUAUAUUUACUGUGAUGCAGUUUAUUGACUUUGCACAGAUAGUGUUUAUAUGCAGAAAGGUUAUUCUGCACUUGGCUUCCCCUUCAGUAUUUAACAGAAAUGUGUAAAUAUGUAUAUACUGUAAAUAGAGAAAGUCUCUCUUUUGGUAAUGUUAAAAGUGGUCUUAACAUUUUAAGUACUAUCAGAAUUUUCCCUAUAAAAGCUAUUAUGGCUGCAUAUUGUGGUGAGCACACUGAUGCAAUGCAUUGACUUCAAAUGCUGUCUUGGUUUAUUCUUUUGUGAACACUGCUGGAGAGCUUGUGGUCUUGAACCUGCACUGCUGUUUAAAGGGCAGUUAGGCUUCCUUUUAAGCCAUAUGAAUGCUGAAAUAUCUCAUUUAUUAUAAUCUGGAACUGUCCCUGCUUUGUUUCAUGUGUAUAGAUGUCUGCCAUCAAAUGUUAAAAAGAUACUUUAACAACAUAAAAGGUAUCUCUUAAAUUCUAGGAGUGAAGGAAAUAUUGUUGGAUUUCUAAACAUGCCUGUUUUAAACAUGUUAUAUUUUACCAAAACUAUAAUUAGCGUAUUUGGGACUUAGAAGUAAGUAAAAUUCAGCCUUCCAUUUGCCAAAUCGUAGGUAAAAUGCAAAGAUGAACUAUUUUAAAACAUUUUCUUUAAUAGUGCAAUGCAUCUCAAAUAUAGUGAAACUUGUUCAUCCUUUUGUAAAACUCUUUUAAAAUAUAAUUUUAAAGUAAUAUUACUUUCACUGAGAUCUUAAACAAUAAGGUUGGUAUAGACCAUAUGCUGAUUUUCAUCUUCCAUAAAAUCUAAAAAAACCUUAAAAGAAUUGUUGCCUUUUUAUUAACACAGUUAAAAUAUCUUAACAUUUUAAGCUGUAGCAGUUUGCACAAAUGUGUUCACACAUUUCCUGGAAACAUGGGUUUGGCAUCAGACUUAGAAUAAACCCAUUGAAAUCAGUAAAACAUAAGUUAGUCAUGACCAAUUGAGGUCCCAUUAAAAUUAAUGGACCUACUCUAAAUAUAACCAAGUCUUUAACCUAUAGUAAAUAGUUUAUUUCCAGUGCUUUGAUACAUACAAAAGAAAUGAAUCUUAUUGACUCCAGUGGAGCUUAUUUUCCUAUAUGUACAGGAAUAUGAUUGCAGUUCUCAGCUGGUUUAUCAGAAUCAGUCCUCAGAACUAUCAUCUGGUUUGAGACUAUUCCAGAAGGGAAUUGAGUCUUCAUGCACAAGCUCAAGUUGGGGCUUGUGUAGGUUAACUUUCCAAUGGACUACUCUUUCUGUCUCCUCCAUUUUGACCAGGAAAAAUAUAUCCUUAUUUUACUAUUAUAGUCCCAGUGUUCAUUGCUUUUAUAAUGAAGCUUCUAGUUCUAAUUCUUCCAUUUUGAAUGGAAUGAAAAGAACAGAAAUGCAGGAAGGGUUCUCCAUCUUGUCACUGUUCUUUUUAAAAUUCAACCCAUUAUGAAGAGCACAGACAAAUAAUAGGCAAUCUGUAAUUGGCAGGACCGCAGUCUUGCAUAUUAGUGUUUAAAUCCCAACUAUUAAUAAAGCUAACUUAGAAAGGGUGGAAGAAAGUUUAGAUACUAGUUUGGAAGGAUCACCAAAACAUAGAUGGUAAAUUUGUGUGUAAUCUUGCUGCCUUAUUGUACAUAAAUUCCUACUUUGAAAUGCUGAGAUUAUAUUUCUGCAAUGUAAUUGUUUUAUAGUAGAAUUCUUUUGUACUUUUUAUUUUACAGAACUAUCAUUUUGCAUAACUGCUUUACUCAAUGAUCGUUGAGGGUUGGGGAAAUGGGAUGAUGGAUUUUAUUUUCUUUAUACUGAACUAGUCUCAAUGAAUAGUGUAAAUGAUUCUUUAACAUUGUUGGUAUACAAUAAUACAUAACAUUAUGCUUCUUAUUCAGUGUGUAAUGAUUUGUUUUGUAUUUUAAUUGAUUUAUGGUAGAAACCCUGUUCUUAGCUCCAUCAGCAGUGGCUAUGGGGCUUGUUAAAAUUAUUUUAGUGUCCAACAAAUUAGUCAAAAAUAAAUCUUCAUUUUGAAAAAGA